UCCUGCGUCCCAGCUCGCUCCUCUCUGUAACUGUAUAUUAUGGUGCUAUUCUCCAGACCUAGCUGAUGAAAGUUUGUCUCUUUCAGUCUGGGCUAAGAUGUCAAAGCGUCUCCAUGCAGAGCAGCGGCGUUUCCCACCUCCUCACCUCCCAGCCCAGAAAUUCAUACGGCUGCUGAGCCUAAGCUGGCUCUUUAUAGCAUCAUCCAGGGCUCAAGGAGAGAAUGCGGACAGUAAAUUGGAAUCCUCCAGGCAACAGAUGUCAAAGAACCAGUCAGAACAUUAUGAGAUAAUAAUUCCCUACAUUUUGAAUGGAGAACAAUGGAAACCAAUAAAUACCAUUGAUUCAAAGAGUCACCCAGCACUGAUGAAGUUUCUAAUACAAACUGAAAGUAAGCGACUAGUCAUCAGUCUGGAGAGAAAUGAAGGCCUCUUCGCUGAUAGCUUCACAGAAACACACUAUAUGAAAGAUGGCACUGAUGUCAUUCUCACACGCAAUUACACGGGUCACUGCUAUUACCAUGGUACUGUGCAAGGACAUCCUGAUUCUGCAGUCAUUCUCAGUACCUGCUCUGGACUCAGGGGGCUUAUUUUACUUGAAAAUAAAACCUACAUUCUGGAGCCAUUGGAAAAUGCUACAAGUGAACACAAGAUCUACCAAGCUGAGAACCUGAAAAUAGCCUCUGGAUCUUGUGGCAACCAAUUCAACGUCUCUGGCAUCACUAUUGAUGACACACCACAGUCUUCUCAAGCAUUCACAACGAGGCACAAGAGGGAGACUCUGAAGAUAACAAAAUAUGUGGAGCUUGUUAUUGUUGCAGAUAAUCGAGAGUUUCAGAGACAGGGGAAGGACGUGGAAAAAGUUAAGCAGAGGCUGAUAGAAAUUGCAAACUAUGUCGAUAAGUUCUACAGGCCAUUAAAUAUUCGAGUAGCCCUGGUUGGAGUGGAGGUAUGGAAUGACAUGGAUAAGUGCUCUAUAACACAGGACCCCUUCACCAGCCUCCAUGAGUUUCUGGACUGGAGAAAGCUGAAACUACUACCUCGUAAACCCCAUGACAAUGCACAACUAGUAAGUGGGGUAUACUUCCAAGGGACUACCAUUGGCAUGGCACCUAUAAUGAGCAUGUGCACUACAGAGCAGUCUGGAGGAGUUGUUAUGGAUCAUUCAGACAGCCCUCUUGGUGCAGCAGUAACCCUGGCUCAUGAGCUGGGCCACAACUUUGGGAUGAAUCAUGAUACCCUGGAGAGGGGCUGUACUUGCAAAGCAUCUACUGAUAAAGGUGGCUGUAUCAUGAACCCCUCUACUGGCUAUCCAUUUCCCAUGGUGUUCAGCAGCUGCAGUAAAAAGGACCUGGAAAACAGCCUGGAAAAAGGAAUGGGGAUGUGUCUCUUUAACCUGCCUGAAGUUAAGGAAUCAUUUGGUGGACAGAAGUGUGGGAAUGGCUAUGUGGAAGAUGGAGAGGAGUGUGACUGUGGGGAACCUGACGAAUGUACCAAUCGUUGCUGUAAUGCUACUACCUGCACUUUGAAAGCAGAAGCAGUGUGCGCCCAUGGACUUUGCUGUAAAGACUGCAAGCUGAAGCCAGCGGGGAUUUCUUGCAGAGACUCAAGUAAUUCCUGUGAUCUUCCGGAGUUCUGCACUGGAACUAAUCCUCACUGCCCAGCUAAUGUAUAUUUACACGAUGGACAUCCAUGCUACAGAGUAGAUGGGUAUUGUUAUAAUGGCAUAUGUCAGACUCAUGAACAACAAUGUGUCACACUCUGGGGACAAGGUGCUAAACCCGCCCCCGGGAUCUGCUUUGAGAGAGUCAAUUCUGCAGGUGAUCCUUAUGGCAACUGUGGCAAAGACGCCAAAAGUUCCUUUGCUAAAUGUGAACCCAGAGAUGCUAAAUGUGGAAAAAUUCAGUGUCAAGGGGGAGCAAAUCGACCUGUAAUUGGUACAAAUGCUGUUUCCAUAGAAACAAAUAUCCCGCUGCAGGAAGGAGGCAAGAUUCUAUGUCGUGGUACCCAUGUGUACUUGGGAGAUGAUAUGCCUGAUCCUGGUCUCGUUUUGGCAGGCACAAAAUGUGAAGAUGAAAAAAUCUGUCUUAACCGCCGGUGCCAAAAUACUAGUAUAUUUGGUGUUCAUGAAUGUGCAACAAAAUGCCAUGGACGCGGAGUCUGUAACAAUAAAAAAAAUUGUCACUGCGAAGCUAACUGGGCCCCUCCCCAUUGUGAUAAACCAGGGUUUGGCGGCAGCAUGGACAGUGGACCAACCAGACAAGCAGAUAGUAGAAGUUUAACCAUAGGAAUACUCGUAACCAUUCUGUGUCUUAUUGUUGCUGGUUUAAUCAUGUAUCUCAAAAGGAAGACUUUGAUUAGACUGCUAUUUACAAAUAAAAAGACAACAAUAGAGAAACUAAGGUCUGUGAGUCCAGCAAGGCCUUCCAGUUCAUUUGAGCCUAAUCAUGUUCAUGCCACAACUCUCAGUAAAAAUCUAGUCAGAAAGCCACAAAAUUUAAACAUACAUCAGAGAGAUGGUCCGAGAAGAAUGCUACCAUAUCAGACUAUUGACAACACUAACCCUCUAAAGACAUCUGAUUUACAGCGGUCAAAAACACCACAGCGAGUCCUACCACCCCUUCACCAGCUACCUUGUCAUCAAGCUGUACCUGCACGGCCACUGCCAGCUAACCCAACUCUUAGGCUUGCUCAGGUAAAUCUACAUUUUCUUAUAUUUACAGAUAGUGAUGUCAGGCUACAGCCUGCAGCAUGAACAACAGCAUAUAAUAAAUCAGAAUAAAAUGUUUUAUCACUUUUCAUAUAUGGGUUCUCCCGUGGCAUUUCCUGUGUGAUUGAUAGUGUAGUGAGUGGAUAGCCAGAAAGCAGUCAUUAUGGCAUAGCUCCUCAGCUUGUGUAAAGUGGUGUAGCUCCAGUUAAGUAAAUGGAACUGUUCUGAUUAUUCUGAAUGAGGAUUUGGCCUUAACUAUUCCUUGUACUUCAGCCAAUUAAAAGACCAAGUUAGUACAUGGUUGAAAUAUAUAGUACAGGUGGGAACUUUACCAUGGAACCUCUCUGUAACUGGGUAAACAUCAAGGGUAUUUUCCAGUUUAGCAUACAUGUCAACACUAAAAUUUGCAGUGGAGUUAGUUAUCCUCUGUGUUGUAACUGGUUUCCCUUUCUUACUUAUAUGUGUUGAUGAAAGGGACUUUAAGCAAGGGAAUGUUGGCCAGGUGACCACUAUUAUUGCUGCUCCUUCCUAUAAGUAAAGAUCCUUUUUACCAUUACUCAUGUGAGAGGAGAUGGUCUUGUGCCUGAAGUGCAAGACCGAGAAUCAAAGGUACGUCUUUGCUGUGGAGUUAAUUUGCAUGAUCACCAUCCAGGUUAGCCUAGCCUGCAUGUGUGCAGCCACACUGCAAAUCUCCAGGUGAAUUACUGUGUGCUUCCUGGUGCUGUACUCACCUAUAUAUAUUGUUAGGACUUCUCAGGACAUAUCCUUUGAUAGUUCUUUGUGCUGCAGUUACCUGAACCACUCUGAUUCUCUCUUGGUGAAUUGUGGAAGAAUUUUU